CCGGCAACUAAAAAGUGGGAAAAUGCACAACAUAUUUUCUCAAUGAUCUACAAUUGAUGCUGAUACUUAGGUGAGUAAAAAUGUAAUUUUAAACACUGUAAGCAGUCGUACCCUAUCAUUUGCACGCUUGUGCACUGUUGGGAAAUGUGCUUGGGGAGGAGCACGCUGACAUCUCGAUCGUCAAAAAGAAGAAUCCUGCAUAAAUGAGAAAGUGCAGAAAGAAGUAUGGAAAGAGAAAUGCAAGCGAAAUCAUCCAAACCCAGCCUGGUUUGUUGUAAUCACUCAAGGCAACAUCGGGUUCGACCAUUUUCAUGCAGUAAUGGUGAAAAUUAUCUUGAGGAAAUACGACCUAAUAGAGUGCUUCAUAUCCAGCACAUCAACCCCCAACCUCGUGACCCUCAGUUUGAGAAAGAGAUGCGUGUGCAAAGGGUAUACAGAAAGUCUGGUUUUCAUGGUGGUCCAUCUGUAAAUGGGCCUCUUACUAUACCAAGGAGAAAAGCUGGAGAAACGCUUUUUCCUACCAAAGAAGUAACUCUCACAAGUUUGCCCAAUUCUGUGCAAACUCAUCCUGGGGAAAGCCACAUAGUUGCUCAAAUGAAAAAAGAACCAAUGAACUCUGGAACAUCAUCUGCAUCAAGAGUCCAUCUAGCCUUCCACAAUGAGACAAGCCUACAACUGGAAGAUAAACCAUUAUCUUAUUCUAUCCCAGAUCUUCUGAAAAUGCAGUCUGUUCCUGCUGAAAAUUUGACAGACAAAAAUCCUUUAAGACCUCAAAUACAAAAGAAAAAUAAAGAAUUGGAAUAUCAAGGCAAUGGUGAAAGUAUACUAGGUAAAAAUAAGGUAUUAGAAUUAUCUUCUGAGAGUGGUAAACCAUCAGAAUUAUCAUUUGUAAAUAAUAAAAUGGCAUCGUGUCCUCAACCAUCUGUUGUCAUCUUCUUUCUUCAUGGUGUUGGGGGAUCAUCUGAUGUUUGGCAGUCUCAAAUGCACUAUUUUGCUUGCGAAGGAUAUGAAAUAGUGGCUCCAGAUCUCAUAGGACAUGGCUUUAGCUGCACACCUGAGGAUGCUCAAGCAUACCACUUCAAAGAGAUAGGUGCUGACCUGGAAGAAAUAUUUGACAAGUAUUGCAAGAAGAAGAAUGUAAUCAUUGGUCACUCCUAUGGAUGUUCUUUUGCAUGCCUGUUGGCAAGACUACGCCCACGAUUAGUACACAAACUUGUACUUAUUAGUGGAGGAGAUCCCAGCCCACUAGCCCCACAACCUGGAAUUUUCUCUCUACCUAUAUGUCUUUUAUGCUGCAUUAGACCCUGUCUCAACUGCGGAUUUCAGAAAAAUGCAUUUCACAAAACUCACAAAAUGGCUGAGAUCAGAGAGGAGGCUUUUUCCAUACCCACGUAUGUCCUACAGCAUACAAUGAAUGGCCAAGACUGGCCUGAUGGUGAUGAAAUAUUUCAUCAGUGGUUGGUGUGUCCAGUGCUGUUGAUUUAUGGAGAAAAGGACAAGCUGGUUUCUUUGGAUGAAGAAAAGGCUACAGCUCAGGCAAUUUUUGAUUCCCAUUUAGAAGUCAUACAAGAAGCUGGUCAUAUGGUUAUGAUGGAAGCCCCAGCAGAAGUCAACAGACUCAUCCACAAUUUCCUGCUGGAACACACAAGAACUGUGAACCAUCCUGCUCUGGAUAUGUCAUCUGAGUUAAUAAGUCUGCAGUGAUCCUAUGAGUCACAAAACCUUUCUGACUUUUCUCUAAAGCAAAAUACCAGACGUCAGUUUAUGUGGUUACUGCACAAUGUGAAUUGCUUAGAAACACAUAGAUGUUCUCCUGCAUUCAUUGUUUUUGGGGUUUUUUUUUUUAAAAUAAGGGCAGUACAGGAGAAUACAUUACUUUAUACUAAUGCUGCUUGUAGCUGCUAUUUUGUGUUUGUGGAGCUCAUUGUUUGUUAUUUUUAAAAUCAAAAAGUCACCACAAACUGGAUUAGCCCUGAUUUAAUGGGGCUGUUUAAUUCUGUAAUUUUGUUUUUCAGAUUUCUCAUCCGGUUACUGUGGAGGACAAUGAUAAUCAAAAGCAAAAAGAUAAAAAAAAUUAUACAUUACUUUAAAUUACUUUUAAAGAGACUUUGGUAUUGUUUUUGUACACAUUUAAGUCUUAAAUGCAUUUUGCAUUUUUGCUUCCAGAAAUCUUGCCUGUUGACUGUUUCAUUGAAUGUUGCUUCCUUUCUGUAGUGGUGAUUCUGGCAUCCAGAGAUUUUUUAGACAGCUAUUCAAAUUCAGCAAACUCAUUCAUUUUUAGAAAUAGCUAUCAUAAAUGAAAGAACCAAAGAAUUGCUGAAAGUAUUAAUGAUCAUUAUGUAAAAUUCAUCCCUAAGAAUGUAUAAUGCUACAAUCUAGUUACAUAUGUUAACUACAGGCUUAGCUGGAAAAAGAAACCAUUGUAUUUAUAACUUUGACUGUGAUGAUGUGUGCUUAAACAGUCUUUUCCACUUAUUUUACUCUUUCCAGACUAAUAAUCUUAAGAAGUACCAAAUAUUUCCCAUGGAUAUGUAAUUCACACACUUGCCUACCAAUUAGCUGUGAUCUAAUUUAUGUUUAGUUAUUUUAUUGAUGUGAUAUACACAUCAUGAGCAAUUCUUUGAAUUCUGUAUUGAGCCAUAGUUCUAAAAAGUUUGUUAGAUUUAAUGUUUCUUCCAACUCCAGGCAAAAGAAAGCUGUGAUAUAUGUACUUUUGAAUAAAUAUCUGAGAUUU